UAUAUGUACAUAAAAUAAUAUAACCAAGUAAAGCAAAUAAUUUGAAGACAAAUUUUAACCAGUACUUUGGUCUUUUAUUCGUGUUUUGUUUAUUACCCUCGUAUCCAAUAGAUAUUUGAGAUAUAUUUAAAGGAAAAGAAGCAUAAUGUCGAUCGGAGUGCCUAUUAAAGUACUUCACGAAGCAGAAGGACAUAUAAUAACAUGUGAAACAAAUACCGGCGAAGUAUAUCGCGGUAAAUUAAUAGAAGCCGAAGACAAUAUGAAUUGCCAAAUGCAAAAUAUAACAGUAACGUACAGAGAUAAACAAGUUGCUCAAUUAGAAAAUGUAUAUAUUCGUGGAUCCAAAAUAAGAUUUUUAAUAUUACCAGACAUGUUGAAAAAUGCUCCGAUGUUUAAAAGACCAGGUGGUAAAGGUUCUGGUACUGCGGGCAGAGGAAAAUCCGCUAUCUUACGUGCUCAAGCUCGUGGAAGGGGUCGUGGACAAAACCAAAGAGGAAGAGGUACAGGUUCGGCACCUUGGUUGAAUCAACAAAAUCAACCAGGAGGGUCUCAAGCUGGAAGAGGACGUGGAUAAUCAUAGUAUUAACUAAAUUAUGUACAUUAUUAAAUAACAAACUUAUAAAUACAUUCAAUCAUUUUGUACUGUUUUCAAUAUUUUUCCAAAUUUAGGUCAAAUUUUAUGUUAAAUAUCGCUACCGAUACUGUUGUAAUUAACAAUAAACCAUGAUGAUAAGAUAAUUUUUUAUCAUAAUAUCUUAUUUACUUAUAUAUUUUUAAAUAGUAUUCCGUGUAUUUCAAAUUGAAUAGAUUAAAAAAAAUACGGCGAUAUACAAUUCAUUUUCGUAUAAAAGUAAAAAAUUUAUAUGUACUAUUUUGUAUUAUUUAGCAACAAAGCUAAUAAGAUAAGGUUAAAUAUACCGUAUGUAAACUUUCA